UAUGUGACGUUAAACAGAUUGAUAAUUAUCCUUCCAAUUAUCGUAAUUCGUUGUAACCCCGCAUUUGUCGUGUAACCCAGCUUGUAAGCCAGCUUGUCGUGCAACACAGAAACACUGAGCUUGACCAGCUCCGUCAUGAAGUUGGCAGCCUUUAUUUUCGGGGUGACUCCCCUCGUUAUAAAUUACUACGCCAAAAAGUACAUUGAAGACGACAAGGAGGCCACAUUGACAGAAUUUGAAAACGACUUUGGAUUAAUACGGAUUAAAAGUUAUGACUUUAUUGUUGUUGGCGGCGGUACGGCCGGGUGCAUGGUUGCGGGACGCUUAUCGGAGAAAUUUAAUGUUUUAUUACUCGGGUGGGAUGCCGGUGCCGCAGAGUAACAUUAACUUUUUUACGAGGGAAGUUGCACUCGACCCGGAUAUAAAUUUCCUGAGAAUUAUAAAUCCAUCCCGCAAAAAAAUAUGUCACUGUGGAAUGGUGGGAUCGUGGGAUUGGAGGGCGGUCGCAUGUUGGGAGGAUCAGGUUCCCAUAACGACAUGAUUCAUCAAAGGGGCAGUCCACAAGAUUGAGAUAGUUAUGCCGCCGCAGUUGGAGACGCCUCGUGGUCCUAUCAAAAUGUUUUACCAUUGUUUAAAAAGUCUGAAAAUUUUGUGGGGGAAUUGAUCAACCCUGCCGAGUCGGAUUACUACGGAAUUGGUGGACCCCUCACGGUUGGGACGCAUAUGCCUGCAAUAUUUUCGAAAUGGGCUGAAGCAGGAAUUGAGCUGGGUUACAGUAUUGCAGAUCCGAAUGGGCAGCAAAUUCCAAGUUUUACCCCAAUGCAAAAAUUAAUCGGGGUGGAUGGCCUGCGUCAAAGUACGUACAAGAGUUACAUCCUACCAUUUGAAGGGGUCAGGGGAAACCUUACCGUGAUCCGGUACUCGACCGUGACAGAGAUAUUGCUCAACUCUGCUAAGCGCGUGUAUGGUGUGACAUACCUGAAACAUGGUAUCCCACAAAUUGCGCACGCCUCGAAGGAAGUUAUCCUUAGCGCGGGUGCGAUAAACUCCCCGCUUGUAUUAAUGAUGUCAGGAAUUGGUCCUAGAGACAUUUUGGAGGGGGCUGGGAUUCCCGUCAUUAUAGAUUCCCCAGUUGGACAAAAUUUGGCCGACCACGUAUUCCUAUAUCUUGGGCCGAUCACUUUUAACUCUUCUGCAGCCCCAUACCUGCCCCGAAUUAGGGAAGAAGAUCUAGAAGAUUCACUCAAGGCAUAUUUGGAAACCGGGGUUGGCGAAUUUGGAGAAUUACAAGAAGGGCCACAGGUCUUUUACGCGUCACGCCGAGCCGUCUCUGACGGACAGGGGAGAUGGUCAGACGUCCAAAUAGUUUUUGACGCAGCUUGCCCCAUGUCAAUGGAUGACGAGGUGGAGUCUCAAGCCUGUUUCUCGUAUUAUUUAAACAGACCAAAAUCCCGGGGUAGAGUAUCUUUGAACACGUCCGCGUACGUAGCCGGAGUCACCGACUUUGUCAAACUGGCUGAAAUUGAUUUUAAUGGAUUUAGUGAUCCGAGCGAUAUGGGUGUUUUGGUUGAAGGUGAAAAUUAAUUAAAAUGGAAAGCGAGCAAACAGUUAAUCAAAUUUUCGUUAGCGAUCGACUUCAGCCUCGACAUUAUUGGGACACAUACCUACAAGUCGAUCGGAGCGGUGAACUCUGCUCCAGCCAUAAGUGCCUGCAGCGGUUUUCUCUACCCGUCGAGAGAGUAUUGGGUGUGUUAUAUCAAUCAAGUGGCUAACACUGCGAUCCAUAUGGUCGGCACUUGCGCAAUGGGAAGGGUGACCCACUCGAAAUUGAGAGUGUUGGGCGCAGUGGGCCUUCGAGUUGCGGACGCUUCGGUACUGCCUUCCACGCCAAACGCUAAUCUUAACUAUCCUACUAUUUUGGUUGGUGAAAAGGCGGCUGAAGACAUUCUGCGGGACUGGGGUGGUUUCAUCGGUCCUACUAACUAGGAGAUAGGGCAAAUUUGGAUUGCAUGUAUUUCCUCCUGUAUUUUUACAGUGUCAAAUUUAUUGGGUGCUAAAUAUUCUAAUUAAACGAGACAAAUUAAAUAUGUGGUUUUAUCUUACCUAGCGGACCGCUAACGUUGAUUGUGUACGUAAAACUAACUAGAAACCGACACCUCAGCUGGUAGUACUUAACACCAUCAACAACGUGGAUUGAAACUUAGAAUCCUGAAUUUUAUCUAAGUUUCUACCCACUCUGUUACUAGUACGAAACAGAUGCGGCUGACAUCCAAUUCUGUACCCAAAGUAGUAUAGAUAACUACCGCCCUAUAGAACAUCAGCCCUGACGAGAGAAUUACAAGUUUUAUCUUUAACCACAAAAUGCUGAUGUCCAUGGUGUAAAACUUAUUAUUAUGUCAUCCGCUGGUAAUAUUUUUAACCACAAACAUCUAAGGGUGAGACUUAGAACUACAAAAAUUAUCCAAAUAUCUCCCCCGGCUGCUAAUGAUACAAAAUAAGUAUAUUCGAUACAACCAGUAAAGUUACACUUCUGUAUCCAAUGUAACCAAAUCGAUAAAGUAAUUUGGUAAUGUUAUAUCAGAAAAGCAUAAAAUUCCCUUCAGAUUGAAAUUUUAAAUAUAUCUGCCUGAAAGAAACUUACUGCAUUUCGAAUACAACUUGUCCAUUAUACCUGAAAACAAAAUGUACAUAAAUCAAUUAAAUUGGAUCAAUAUCUGUUCGACUACUUACAAAUGUAUAAACCACCCUCCAUCGAUGGCAAGGUUGAAUCAGAAAAACAGAAAAUAUUUAUGAGAUAGACCCUUUCGUCUUUCUGACGUCUUCGUCUUUCUGAAACGUCUUUCUGAAACAUAUUCCUGGAUAUCUAACACAUGUCACUAUAUGUCGCUGGCAAUAUGUCUAAGCAUCUGAGGAUGCGAUUCCGAACUUCAUAUUACAUCUUACCCGCGUGUUACAGGUAUUAAACAAGGAGUAUUUAUUAAAUUUGAUCUUGCGCUAAUAGAGAUAAGAAAUACAUUAUGACAGAAUUGAAAUUACGUCACAUACUUUACGAGCCGCCGUAAUGUCAAAUGGAAUUAAGUUGAUGAAAUCCAUACUUCACGAACAUCCGGGGUAGAAAUUUGGAAUUGUUAGUUUUAUCCAAGUGCCCACCCAGUAUAUUCAUGAUACAAGACAGACUCGAUAUUCCACUAUGAUUUGUUUGUUUGUGUAAGGUAGCUAAAGUGCCCACGGAAGUCAAUUACCGCGACCCAACGAUGACAAUGUGGUAUCAGAAAAUCAGGAGGGAGGGAUCUUCAGAGAUUUUGAACUCCUAUAGAUCCACACAUCCUGGGUUUCUCAGACAACUUUCACCUCUUCCAGGGCCCUAUAAGUUACUACCCAUCCUCCAACGACGACUACGUUUUGUCUGAAAACCAUAAAUUGUUGUAAUGGAAAUAUUUCAAAACUUCCUGCUUCAAAUAAUUUAUGAAUUACUCAGCCAAUUUGGGCCUUUUCACACAUGUCAUCAUGAUGUCAUAUGUUAGGAAACCAAAUAUUUGUGGCAAUUAAAUUUAGAUUAAUUAAUAGUUCUUUGACUCUACCAUUUACUAAUCUUCUCAACAUUGGGUAACAAUUGUUGUAUAUUAUACGAAACUGUCUCGCACUAACACUAAAAAUAACUUUGUAACGAAUUGUCACCAUUGAUUUUAGUUUUAUUGCAGUUAUUUUGUGCUAUACUAUGCUAGUAAUAAAUAAAUAUUGAACUGAAAUUGUAAAAUUGAAAUAAAUAUUUUCAGUCAUUACUA